AUGUUUAGCAGAUCGCCUCGGAAUCAUUCUCUUCUCUUCGUUUCGUUGAUCAUGGCCUUGACCAUGCUUGUUGUGAUCGCUCAUGCUACUGAUCCCAACAUCAAUGUUGAUCUCACUGGUCAUCAAGAUAUUCAUCAACAACAACAACAACCACGAUCAUCAGAUUCUCCUCUCAUCAUCAUUCGUGGUGGCAUUGUUGUAACACACGACAAUGAAUUUCCAGCCAAUAUUGUGAUUAAAGAUGGCAAAAUUACACACAUCUUCUCUCGUACCAAUCCUUCAUGGAGUAUUGAUUAUGAACAUCAAGUAUUAAAUCGCGACGGAAUUGAUAUCUCAUCACAAAAUGUCAAGAUUGUGGAUGCUACUGGUAAAUAUGUCAUGCCAGGUGGAAUUGAUCCACACGUGCAUUUGGCUCUUCCUUUCAUGGGUACUGUGAGCAAGGAUGAUUUCUAUCAUGGAACACGAGCUGGUCUUAGUGGUGGUACAACCAUGAUUAUUGAUUUUGCCAUUCCAUCCAAAGGCCAAAGUUACAUUGACAUUGUCAAAGAAUAUAAAAAGAGAGGUGAAAAGUUAAGCUGUGCAGAUUAUGGUCUUCAUGUGGCCAUCACAGGAUGGGAUGACAACACUGCACGAGAAAUGGAAGAACUUGUUAAAAAUCACGGAAUUAAUAGUUUUAAAUUUUUCAUGGCGUAUAAGGGAGUACUGCAAGUCGAUGAUGCCAAUUUGUAUCAAGGAUUUAAAAAGGCUCUUGAAAUUGGAGCUAUUUCUCAAGUUCAUGCAGAAAAUGGUGACUUGGUAGUGGAGGGACAACGAAAAUUAUUCGAAAUGGGAGUGACUGGUCCAGAAGGUCAUCCACAGAGCAGACCAAAGAAUGUAGAGGCAGAGGCUGUUCACAGAGCAGCUGAAAUUGCAUACUCUGUUGGAAAUGCUCCUCUCUACAUUGUUCAUGUCAUGUCGAAAGAUGCCAUGGAUGAAAUUGCACGUGCCAAAGCAAAGGGCUACAGAAUUGUUGGUGAACCCAUUGCUGCUGGUCUCACUCUCGAUGAAAGUGUUUAUUACAAUGGGGACUGGCUUCAAAGAGCGAAGUAUGUGAUGAGUCCUCCCAUACGAAGCAAAGCAGAUCAACUUGCUCUCAUUUCAGGUUUAAAGAACAAAAUUUUGGACCUCACAGGAACUGAUCAUUGUGUCUUUGACUCUGAACAAAAGAAGAUGGGUCUUCAUGACUUUAGAAAAAUUCCAAAUGGUAUCAAUGGUCUCGAGGAUAGAAUGUCCGUGCUCUUUGAUAAGCUUGUUGCCAGUGGUGAAUUAUCUCCAAGCGAUUAUGUGCGUGUGACGAGUACUGAAGCUGCUCAAAUAUUUAACAUUUAUCCUCAGAAGGGUGCCAUUCAGGUGGGAUCAGAUGCUGAUAUUAUUGUAUUGAAUCCAAAUGCAACAAGAGUCAUUAGUGCCAAGACACAUCAUCAAAAUAUUGAUUAUAAUGUUUAUGAAGGAUGGAAAGUGAGAGGAGUGGUUGAUGUCACCAUUUCGAACGGUAGAGUUGUUUGGGAGAAUGGAAAGUUAAAUGUGCAAGCUGGUUCUGGACGUUUUAUUCCAACCCCACCAUUUGGUAAAAUGUUUAAAGGAUUGAAAAUGGAACAAGCUCAAAAGGCACCCAUUAAGGUGGACUAG